GAGCGGCCGUCAGCUUCCUCCUUGUCUAGAAAAGCAGCAGCAGCCUGGCGCCGGCCGACCUCCAGUCAGCAGAUCCACUCCGAGGGACGCCCGGACAGCGGCGGCUCCUCUCCAGAGGGCAACAAGGGCAACAAGAUGCCCUUCUGGAAGCGCACGGUGGAACCUCGCCGGCUGCUCCCCUCCGCUGCCGUCGCCCCUCGCUUGGCUGCUCUGCCGCUGGCCCAGCUCCACGACGUGUGCGGUCUGGCGACGCUGGCGCUGCUCCGGCAGCUGGCCGAUCUCUGCGGGCACUCGGCGGCGUUGCUCGCGGACCUAGAGGGUCGCUUGCUGGAGCUCUCCCGCCGCGCCCACCGGCUUCGAAGCCGCCUCUGCAGAGUCCACGGGCUAAUCCGCCCCAGGGCGUCUCGAGAGGCAGCCACUUCUAACAUAGACCUGGACGUCAAGAAACCCACUCCUCCCAAGCUGCUAUGGCACCAGCCUGUGAAUAUCUUCUUGGCCCGUCCUGUUGGGGUGGAGGAGCUUCACCAUGAAGCUGAACUCAAUCUCCAGAGCUUGCUCCAAGAGGAGUACGAGGAGCCUUACGCAGAAGCCAGGGCCAGUGGCCAGACCUUCCGCUAUGCCAGUUCUCAUUCUGCAGACAGGCCCCUUGACUGCAGCCCCCGGCCCCCAGUACCCAGCAAACGCUUGGAGUUUGUGUUCAUGCCUGCAAGCCAGCAAGUGAAGGAGAACGAGACAACCACCCUGGGGGUGAGGGCCCCAGAGCCUUCAAUUAGCUUGCCCACUACACCAGACAAGCACACCACCUGGACCCGAACUGGCCCUCUGCCCUCCCUUGAUGAGAGGAGGUUGCACCAGCCCUGUUCAACCCAAGCCAACAUUGUUCCCAUCAACAUCUCUGGACAGCCGUUCGCUCGGCACGCAAGUACUCGCCACUCCCUCUUUAACACAGAGACAGCCAUGAAUCCCAAGUCCUUGCUUCGCCGGAGACGGACGGUCAUCGGCUUCCCCCACCUCGCCCUGCGGGACCCAGGGAACAGCAACGGCCCCAUUCUCAACCCUCCAGCGACCAUCGCAGAGUCAGCCUCUUGCAAUUUUGUCCCCGAGGUGGCCAACGGGAGGAGCUCCACCCACCAGGCCCGCUCCCCUCAGCCAAGGCCACAGCUGAGGAAGACCUUCAGUGACCUUGGGGGAGUUCUACAAGGACGGUAUUGCCAGGGGCCCGCUGGCCACACAGAAAACCCCGGGGCAAUGUAUGCUAGCCCGUCAUGCAACGGCCCCAAGGAGGACUUGACCUUCUCCCCUGCCUGGAGUGCAGCAUCUUUUGGCUAUGUGAGCCCUUCUGUGAGCCAGAGUGAGCUGGUGAUGGAAAGUGGGACCCAGUCGUCUCCCCGCAGCCAGAGGGGAACCCCAGACUCUGACCGGCCUGCUUCUUUCUUCAUCAGCAAAGACAACGCAGUUGGGAGCAAUGGGUCUGGGGCGUUCUGCACUUCUCCUGAGUCCCCUGUAGAUGCUGACGGAGUCUUGAGGUGUGGGGCAGCGGAGGUCAAGGCUCGUUUGGUCCCCGCCACCCCGAGCGAAGAGGAGUGCCCCCAAGCAGAGAGGCAGCGGGUGAUGUGCAAGUUCCGCGAGAGGUCUCUCUCUGUCCCCACGGACACAGCCUCCUUGUGCUCCAUGGACAUCGGGGGCAGCGAGACCUGUGCCCUGAGCUACCCCAGCGCCAGCUCCGAGGGCAGCACAAGCACAGACAACGUCUCGCUGGCGGUGGAGCAGGAGGCUCAGGCGCGGUCACGGAGGCCGCGCACCAAGAGCAUCUCUCUCAAGAAGGCCAAAAAGAAGCCCUGCCCACCUACUCGCAGCGUCUCGUUGAUCAAGGAGGGGCAGCUGAGCAUCGCAGAAGCUGGUGGCGAGCCGCUGCCACAGGACCAGAGACCAAAAAGUCUGUGCUUGCUGCCCGAUGCGCAGGCCCAGAGCCAAGUCCCUGGGGAUGCAACCAAAGAGCUGGAAAGCGUGCCGUACUCACAGCAGUGGUACAUGCCAGAGUGGAGUCCUGGCGACCCCUAUUGCUCUCUCUCUGGCUCCAGCACCGCCACUGGGACCACCGUGAUCGAGCUCUCCAAGGCACGGGGUAGCUCUGAGUCCCUCCCCUCCCCUUCCGUCUCCCGGGCCACCACACCUUCCCAGCUCUCUGCUGAGGUCAACUUGAAAACCUCCUCCCCGGCUAGGCCAACAGGGGUGAUGUCUCCCUCCAGCGGCUACUCCAGCCAGUCGGAAACUCCGACCCCAACCAUUCCAACAUCUGCCGUUCUGGGCCACACCCCGCAUCAGAGUGGGCGUGCAAGACCCCUUGUGCCUGAGAGGAAGUCCUCGCUGCCCCCAGUCUCACCCAUGGAGCGGAGCCCCAAGUCACGGCUGUCCUUCGACCUGCCGUUCGCUCCACCGUCGCACCUGGACCUCUCGGGGCUGAAGAUCUCGCUCAAGGCCAAGCCCAAAGUGAGCCGGCACCACUCCGACUCCACCUUUGGAGCCAAGCUGGGGCCGAAGCUCAGCCCCGUGCAGCCCGUCAUGCCCAUGGUGACGCAGCUGGACCUGCGCUCCGUCCGCCUGCGGUCCAUCAGCCGCUCCGAAACAGAGGACAACCUAGAGAGCCUUGAGCCUGUCGAGGAGCCUGGCAAGAAGGUCCGGCCCCCAGUGGCAGAGAAGCCGCCCCUUUCCAGGAGGCCCCCGAUGCUCCUGCACAAGACCCCUCCAGUCCAGGAAGAGUCCCCCAUGGGCUCCCCAACCUCUCCACUGACACCCCAGGGCUCAGUCGCCGUAGAGAACAUUUACCUAGUGGCUAGGAGGCCUGAGCACCAGUGGGAUGCAGAUGCCUGGAGCCCUAUAGAGCCGCAGCCCCCCGUGGCAGCCGUCUCUCCAGCACAAGGGCCCCCGGGGACAUUCUUCUCUGCCCGGCGGCUUUCUGAGGACAGCUUGGAGGAGGAGCUAAAACCAAGGCUGCCGUUGGAGAGAACAUCUGGCGGGGAGAGCCACAGAACCAAAGUUCCUCCCCCUGUCCCCAAGAAGCCUAGUGUGCUUUACCUGCCACUGGUCAGCUCCCCGCUCCACCCAGGGGCCUGCGUCGGGGAUCCAAGGUUGGCUGCCAGCCCUGUCAUCAUGCUGGACGAGGACUGUGCUUAUUCCGAGCUGACUCCGUGCAAGGCACUGACCCCUGUGGCUAAUGCAGUGAGCAUCAGUCCAACGACUGCAGGGUUGUCUUGGGGAGACGUUUCAGGGAGCUCAGUGGGCUUAAGGGCCGAAGAGAAAAGCUUUGUAAGUGACAAAACCGCCGAGUCGAUAACCGAGGAGGACGACGAUGUGUUUGUGACAUCCCGAACCACAGAGGAUUUGUUUACUGUCAUCCACAGGUCCAAACGGAAGUUGCUUGGUUGGAAGGAAUCCGGCGAGGCCUUUGGCAACCGGCAGAAUUCAAAGAGCAAUGAGUGCGCUCCGACUGGCGUCACAAGAACCUCCAGCAGGAAUGAAGAUUUUAAGGCACUCCUUCAAAAGAAAGGUGGCAAGGGCGCUUCAGGCAUCCGCACGUCUGCGGCUGAACUUCUGAAGACCACCAACCCCUUGGCUCGGCGAGUCAUGACCGAGUUUGCUGUGGAUGGGACAAUUCAGGGCCCUAAGACCCAGCCAUGAGUAUGUCGAUAGAGAGAGAGAGCUUUGUCAUUUCGUGCAAUGCCCUAAUCCAACCCUUGGGGAGAUCUGCUUGACUAAGGGUCAGGGUGAGCCUACCACUCCAUAAGGGGUGGGGUGGGGUGUGUAUUGUUGUUUUUCAUCUUUGUUGAUUUGUUGGCAGUGGUGCCAGACUUUUUCCUGUUUCUUUUUUUUUACUGGAGGGGGGACUCCUGACCCAAGAAAAAGUGUCUUAAAUGUAGAGCACACACCCAUCCCCAAUGGAAUCAACCACACAUCUUGGCCCUAAAGGGAGGGAACUUCUAUAUCUUUUUCCACACUGGAAGAAGGACCUGUGGCGUGGGUGUUCCUAGACA